AUGAAAGAUCUCCUCUUAAAAGUACAUUUACGCGUUCAUACAAAAGAACAACCUUAUGUUUGUGAAGUCUGUGGAAAAAAAUUCACGUAUUCAAAGAGUUUGAGAGAUCAUUUACGUACGUAUACAGAAGAAAAACCACGUAAAGCUUAUAUGAAAAAACAUUUACUCAUUCAUACAAAAGAAAAACCUUAUUGUUGUGAAAUAUGUGGCAAGAAAUUCACUCAAAAAGGCCAUCUCAAAAGGUAUUUACGUACGCAUACAAAAGUCUGCGGCCAUACAAAAAACUUACGUCUGUGA